CAUAGAGACGCUAUUAGUGAUUUUAUUUCCAGAUCAACAUAUCAACAAUGUGUUCAGUCUCGAUUGAAUGAAAAUCAUCAGCUAGAGUUGUCUCCCCCUCUUCCCCAGACUCCGAGCUCAUGCGGGUUGCCAGUUUGAGGACACGCAACAGGAACAAGCAAACUGACAAUGGCAAGCGACGAGCCUUGCACUGUGAAGAAGGUGGAACACACUUGAGUUGUUCCUCUUUGUAACCACAGACGUCUACUGUCAUAUUAUUGCAAGAGUGAAGACAUGAGUGACCCUAAUCCACACUGGAUGAUAAAUGAAGAUACUCAGGAACAAAGAGAUAUGAUGGAAGUGAAAGAGGAAAGUCAAGAACUAAAUGAUGUGGAUCAGAAACAUCAUCAGUAUCAUAAAUCUAGUCAUUUCAUAACUGGUGAAGAAACUGUUAGUUGCUCACAGACUGAAAAUAAUUUGUCACAAAAAAGAACUCGAAGAACAAAAGCCAAAAAUUCCUUCACCUGCUCUCACUGUGGAAAGAGAUUUGCACUAAAUAGAGAUCUACAGAGGCACCUGAGAAUUCACACCGGAGAGAAGCCUUUCACAUGCCCUCAGUGUGGAAACAGUUUCACACAAAAAGGACACCUCAAAGAUCACAUAAGAAUUCACACUGGAGAGAAGCCUUUCACAUGCAUUCAGUGUGGAAAGAGGUUUACACAAAAAAGAAGACUUAAGGAUCACAUGAGAAUUCACACUGGAGAGAAGCCUUUCAUAUGCCAUCAGUGUGGAAAGAGUUUCACACAUGCAACAACUCUUAAAACUCAUGUUCUCUAUCACUCUGGAUUAAAGCCAUUUAACUGUGAUCAGUGCAGCAAAGAAUUUAAGCUGGCAUCAGACUUAAAGAUGCACCUCAAAACUCAUAUAAAUGAAAAGGCUUACCUGUGUUCUUUUUGUGGAAAGAGUUUUUCACAGCUGAACAAUUUUAAUGCACACCAGAUAAUACACACUGGUGUGAAAGCUCAUGUGUGCUCAGAUUGUGGUAAAGCCUUUAGCAGAGCUUACGACUUGGAAAGGCACCAAAGAACCCAUACUGGAGAAAAACCUUAUAAGUGUUCACAUUGUGAAAAGAGUUUCAUUACAUCAGGUAACCUGAGAACCCAUAAAAGAGUGCACACUGGAGAGAAGCCAUAUCACUGCACUUCAUGUGGGAAGAGUUUCACCCAAUCCUGUAACCUACAGACUCAUCUAAAAAAGUGUUGUCCAAAGUUGUCAUAAUGAGCAAAGUUCGUUUUCAGGGCCAACAAUUUCAAGUAAACAGUGUGAAAUUCAGAUUAACACAUAGAUGAAAUUUCAUGAUCAGAAACAAUAUUUUCUUACAAGUUCCUGCUAUAUACACACACUUUACUUGAAGAGAGACAGAUCUAGCUCACUGAACGAGUGAGAGAACAGGAGCAUGAAUGUGGAGGUGCAGAGAUUUAGAAAUAUUUUGUUUAAACUUCUUAUGUAUUGACUAAUCCUACAGCAUGAGUUAUUUAAUGCAUGCUGUAAUUAAAAAAAUGUCACCUUACACUUCACAGCAGGCACACUGGAGGACAGAUUGUAUAUUAAACAUAUAAUGUGAUUUUAAAUUUUUUUAUGAAUGAUUAUGAUUGGUAAGAUUCCACAGCCGUGUUGUUUACAUUGCAGUGCGGCAUGGGAUUCUGAGUUCGUCAUAGCAAUGAUGGUUUUUCUAGACCAGGGGUUCUCAAACUUAAGUCAGGGCACCCCGAGAGGCCCUAGACUGAACAGCAACCCAUAAGCACCCACCCAAUCCCCCCAAAUAGAAUGAGAUUAUUUCAUUCCAUAUUUUAUUUUUAUUUGUUAUAUAUUUGUAAUAUUUUUAUGAUGUGCCAUUGAUGAGGCCCCCGAGCCCCCAAACUAAUAUGAAAUUUAGAGCUGUGAAUUGAUUAAAAUUUUUUAACUAAUUAAUGGCACAUUUUUCUGUGAUUUGUUGCGAUUAUAUUAUGGUACAUGAUACAUUACUACAAACAUUUAAAAAAAAACAUCAGAAAUAAAUUUACUUUAUACUUUUCUCAAUGAACUUGCAAGAAAUUGGUUAGUUAUCAUUUUAAUUAUUUAAAUAUGUGUAUGUAAAAAUUUACUUUUAAAUUUUUUUGGCAGAUAGAGUUAAUUAGACACAUUUUUACAGGUAUUAAUCUUUUAUACAAGUACACCGAUCAGCCACAACAUUAAAACCACCUGCCUAAUAUUGUGUAGGUCCCCCUCGUGCCGCCAAAACAGCACCAACCCGCAUCUCAGAAUAGCUAUUCAACUCACCACAAUUGCACAGAUCGGUUAUCUGAGUUACCGUAAACUUUGUCAGUUCGAACCAGUUUGGCCAUUCUCUGUUGACCUCUCUCAUCAACAAGGCAUUUCCAACCACAGAACUGCCG